AUGCUUCUACUUAGAUGUCGAAGAACAGUACUUCAUGUUCCAACCAAGUUCAGUUCAAAAUUCAUAAGAUACUGCUCUUCUCACGAUACUGAUCAAAAUAAAAUAGACAGUGCAGCCAAUACAGCAAAUGAAGUAUCACAAAAACAAGAGCUCUAUAUAACAGAUCCUAUCUCUCCAGGUUCAGUUUUUUUCUUGCCAAAUGGUACGAAGAUCUUUAACAAAUUGGUUAGUUUUAUGAAGCUUCAGCAGCAGAAUAAAUAUGGAUUUCAAGAGGUUGUAACUCCAUUAAUUUAUAGAAAAACGCUCUGGGAACAAUCGGGGCACUGGGAAAACUAUAAAGAUGAUAUGUUUAGAGUCGAGGGAAAUGACCUAUCCAAGGAGGAGUAUGGGUUAAAACCUAUGAACUGUCCUGGUCAUUGCGUUAUAUUCAAAAGAUUUGACAGAUCUUAUAAUGAUCUACCAUUACGUUUCUCAGAUUUUUCCCCUUUACACAGAAAUGAAGCUUCCGGUGCAUUAUCUGGUCUUACAAGAGUUAGAAAAUUCCAUCAAGAUGAUGGUCAUAUAUUUUGUACCCAAGAACAAGUUCAUCAGGAAAUCAAAAAAUGCCUAGAGCUAGUGGAUAUGUGUUACACAUCAGUAUUUCCAAUUUCUGGAAACGAUACCAAACCGGCAUACUCUUUAACACUAUCUACUAGACCUGAGAAAUUUGUUGGGGAAAUUGAAGUUUGGAAUCAUGCAGAAGAAACUUUGAAAAGUAUCUUGUCAGAAUCGGGGCAUUCUUAUACUAUUAACGAAGGGGAUGGUGCAUUUUACGGGCCUAAAAUCGAUAUUCUAGUCCAUGACCAUACUGGCAAGAGCCACCAAGUUGCUACUAUCCAGUUAGAUUUUCAAUUACCUGAAAGAUUCAAAUUAGAAUACAAGAGCAAAGAUAAUGAUUACAAGAGACCAAUUAUGAUCCAUAGAGCUGUUUUUGGGUCUGUCGAAAGAUUCAUGGCAAUUUUAAUCGACUCAAACAAAGGUAAAUGGCCAUUUUGGCUUAACCCAAAUCAAUGUAUGGUAAUUCCAGUGAAAACUCAGGACAAAAAGAUAAUGGAUCUUGCGGAAAAAACUGUUAAAACCUUACGUGCCGAGAAUACCGAUCCCAAAAGCCCAAUUCCUCCUAAUAGCUUCCACUUUUCAGUUGAUAUGGACUGUAGAGAUGAAUCAGUUAGCAAAAGAAUAAGGGACGCCAUUAAAAAACACUACUCCUUCAUUAUAAUGAUAGGUGAUAAGGAGGUAGAAAGUGAUAAAGUAGCGAUUAGGACUCGAGAAUCAAGAAAUGUUAAUCAGUUGACUCUGAAAGAAGUAUUCGAUAAGUUCGUGGAUCUUGAAACAAACUAUAAAUAG